UUCUCUACAUGAUAUAUAGUACAUCACAAUUACGUAAAAUUCGAGCCGUGAACAGUAAAACUGACGAGUGACAUUUGUAUGGGCAAUGUUUCUUAUGUCUUUCAGAGCCGCCAAGAAUGUUUAGGGUAUAUGUCGGUAAUUUGAACCCGGAGGUCGAUGAAGGAACGCUGCGUGGCCUGUUCGAAGAACGAGGAGUACAGACAGGCAACAUAUUGGUGAAGAGAAAAUACGCGUUUGUCGACUGUCCAGACCAGGAUAACGUCGAUAGGGCCAUUGAAAGUUUAAACGGAUACAAUUUAAUGGGCUCCAACAUGCAGGUGGAACCAUCUAUGUCAAGAAGAAGAAGGUCCAACAAGCUUCAAGUCAAAAACCUGCCACACCUAUCUAGAGAUGAGCUGGAGAGUUUUCUGGGAAGCUUUGCCAAUUUAGAGAAAGUUGAACAAGCUGGAGCUGAAGGCCUGGUCUAUGUACAAUAUAGCAAUGCAGAUGAAGCACAAAUAGCAUACAAUCACAUCAAUGGUUAUGACUGGAGUGGAACAUUAUUAAAAGCCGACUUUGCCAGUAACAGAACCCGUAAAACAUUACGUGAGCCAAAUAUAUCUAACUCAGGUGGCGGUGGAGGAGGCAGUGGUGGUAACAGCGGUGGGCCAAACCGUCAAGUAGAGAUGCCAUUACGUAUACUUGUAGGCAGUGAAUUUAUCGGUGCCAUCAUUGGUAAACAGGGACAAACCAUUCACAACAUUACCUCACAAACAAAAGCAAGAGUGGAUAUUCACCGCAGGGAUGGUCAGGCAGUAUCAACUGAAACUCCUAUAACAAUAAAAGGAAGUCCAGAAAGCUGUUCAGAAGCAUGUAAAGAAAUGAUGACAAUUGUUCAGACAGAAGCCCAGAAAUACAACAAAGGGGAUUACCCAUUCAAAAUUCUAUGUCCAAACCAUUUAUGUGGGCGUAUUAUUGGAAAACAAGGCAAUGUCAUAAAGAACUUCAUGGACAAGACAAACACACACAUAGUUGUAUCCAGUGCUGGAGGUGGCCAGGGUGUGGCUGAUGCAAACAACAUGUAUGUGGAUCGAGUUGUCACUGUGACUGGAUCAGUCGAAAACGCAAGUCAAGCAGAGAGCCUGUUGUCAGACAAGAUGAGGAGGUGUUUCGAUCAGGACCAGCAUGGAUAUAUGGGUCAGAUCAGCAUGUUCGGUGGGAUGCCACCCAUGGCUCCAGGAAUGAUGCCAGGUUUCAGCAAUUACCAGGGAGUACGACCACCUUUCGGACAUUACCCUCCACCCAUGCAACAAGAAGGUUACUAUCCUGGAAAUAUGGGCUAUGGAGGCAAUGCACCAAUGCCACCUCCAGAACUGGAAGUGACAUACCUAUACGUCCCAGAGAACACUGUUGGAUCAAUUAUUGGGAGCAAGGGCGCCAAUAUUAAGGACAUAAGCAAGUCUACAGGAGCAAGAGUCAAGAUUAUCCAGCCUAGUGCAAAGGAGCCAAAUGGCGAGAGGAACGGGCAAAAUAUCCAGGAGAGACGAUGUAUUAUCACAGGGUCUCCAGAAGCUCAAUUCCAGGCACAUUUCCAGAUUUUCGACCGCAUCAAGAAGGAAGGAGGCUUCUCCAGAAUGGAGGAUGUACACCUAAGAUCAGAAAUCAUGGUACCAAAGGGCAUGAUAGGACGUAUAAUUGGAAAGGGAGGCCAGAAUGUCCGGGAAAUACAGAGAGUUAGUGGUGCUAUUGUUAACCUGCCAGAACUUAACAAUCAAAAUCCCUCUGAGGACGGAGAGGUGCCAGUCUCCAUUAUAGGCCAUUUCCAAGCCAUGCAGGCAGCCCAGAGACGUGUACGGCAGCUAGUAUCCAACUCAUCAAUUCCACCUAAACGCAGGCCUAGUCAGCGAGAACAGAACGGCAAACAACAAAUGUAAGAGGAGCUGCUCACAAGUGAACUUUGACCCCAGGCCAUUCGGGGUUGGGAUGUGUUACAUGGGAACAAGUUGGCUGCGAAAUGAUAAAAUUCUUUCCUUCCUUUUUAUCUCGAUCUUGAAAAUGUCCUUUAAGCUGCUCUCAUUCUCUCCCAGUGUUUCAUGUCAAUUGUUUGACAUGUGUAACCAAAAUGUCCUUUGUUAUGUCAAAGGCAUCAAAAUAAUUCACUGCAUUCUAUUAGAUCUUUUCUUGCUCAGAAUUGAGUGGGUAUUUCGUGUGACCAACUUGGAGGUUUUGCGGUAGGAUGAGAGAGAUAUAUUUAUUAUACCUAGUGUAUUAAGUUGGAACAAAUUUUAGACCAUUGUUGAUGUUUUCAAAUAUGCUAUGGUCUUUUUUUGUAAUAAAAUUUAUUUUUGAUACUUGUUGAGGAUUUUUUGUUAGAAUUUUUAUGACCUGUUUAAUAUGGGCAUUUUUAUUUGUCCGACUAAUAUUAUUAAAGAGGAAAAUAGAAAAAAAAAAUAACAAAAACUGAACCACUUCCAGCAAUUAAGCCAUUUCUAAAUCAGGUCACAAAAACGUUUUGCCCGCAUAUUGAUUGUUCAUUAUAUAUUUUAAGUGUCUGCUUGACUUCUUCGCUCUCAAAUGUUUUAUCGGAGAGCGUAAUGUUGUAUGGGAUCUAGUUUAUAGUAGCCUGAGCGUUGCUCCUCUCCGCCUGUUGUUAUAUUGUUCUCAGUGCUAUAAAUACUCGUUGGGAGCGAAGCAGUCAGGGCACACACUCUGGGAAAGUGGACAAAAUGGAAAUGGGCAUUUCAAUAUAAAACUAUAAUGAACUUGCAUACUGCAAAUAUAGGUCCUCCUCAACUUGUAAUGUCAUAUAAACAUUUUCUUUUUCUGAUAGCGAUUUUAUGUUAUGAUUUAAAAGGGCAGGGAUUAUAAUAUGGAUACUUUGAUAACAAGUCCCUUCUGUGGGGUAUAAAUCAAUGAGCAGGAGUUAUGGUAAUCAUUUCACCUUCUGCAAUGUAUUUCCUCCAAGUAAUUUCAACUUAAUUCAAAAGAUGGCAGUACCAUUUUGAUGCCUUUUCUUGAAAGGUUCAAAUAGACAACCAGCACGCUGCAUCGUUAAAGGAUACUUGUCAUGACCUGGUCCUAAUAUCACGGGAGAUAAUGUGGACACUUGAUAAACUACAUCAAAAUGUGGAAAGAUUUAAUAGUAACAAUUCAUUCAUUUUAAUUUCUUCUUUCGUUAUUACCAACGUGUAUGUAUUGUCAAUACAAUCAUUGACAUCUUGUGUAAAAACUAUGAUCUAUAUAUAUAUAUAGUUAUACAUUGAAGCAUUUUGUAUCUAGCAAUUUUUUUUUCUUUUCGUUAUUGAAUUAAAUUCUUGUAACUGAUAUGUGCCGAAGAUGGUAUCUAAUAUUGAAUGAUGUUAAAUGUUUUACAGUUGAUGAUUCAAUUUGGGUAAAAAAAUAUUUAAAAAAUUACUUUAAAAAAAAAAUCAACAUACAUUAACUUUUUGUUUUCACAAUUUUGUGUUUAAAAUCUUCAAGAGUCAAUGUUGAAGUUCACUGUUUUUACCAUUUAUGGUAGUUGGGUUAUACAAUAUUGUGCUAGUUUUCAUUCAGAGUGUUGUCAAUAAUACCUGUUUCAUUUUAGUAUGGAUAUUACACAAUUGCAAAGAGCCAAGUCUUGGACCCUGUGUACCCUUUUUAGACGUCCUUGAAUCCCCUCGCCCACCCCUAUUUGUUGUACCCUGUAUAGCAAGAUGCAUUUUAUGAACUUUUUAUUUGUCAAAUGCUGAAAUUUACUAACCUGAGGAUGAGUAGAGAUGAUUUACAAAAUUAACCUAACCCCCAAAAUGCCUGUAAUUUUUUGGAUCCAUGUGACGGCUCCGGUAUGGCCAGUACUGAUAUAUAAUCCAUUUGCCGAGUCGGUCAUGAAAUUUAAAGUUAACUCCAGGGAUUUACAGAGCAGCAUUUUUGCUUGGUGUUUCUAUAGAUGACCAGGCUGGCAUACAGUUUGUCAACUACCUCAUUACCUAAGAGGAAUGAUUUUUUUUUCAUUGUCAUUUUACCACAGUAGAUUGUAUGUGUUUUGUGAUGUUCAAGACUUGGCUCGCCUCGCCAGCUUUUGACCGGGCAUUUCUUUGUUGAUGAAGUAAUAUGCAAUGUAGACAUUUGUCAAAUCAUAUAACCUUUUAUGACUGUAGUUUCUGCUUAGUAUGAAAUAUGGAAAAUACCAAUAGAGAAUUUGUUUUCACUACUAUACACAAGUAUUGUCAAAAUGUAUAGUUUAAACAUUUUUGAGAACUUUUUUGAGUUGAUCUGUUUCAUUAUACAGACUUUGGUACAUAGAGAGCAGUAUUGCAUGUGAUGUAUCCAUUUUUCAGUUCUCGUUUUUCUUUUCUCCUUUGCCGAGAUGUUUUGUGUACAUGAUGAUAAAGAUGUUAAUCUUCGUACCUUAUAACAACAUGACAACAGGGAUGACUGUUGACCUCUUACAACAGAAAUAACUUCACUAUCUGCUAACUGAUACUGAUGCUAGGCAGGCCCAGUACACACUCUGGUGGGUACUGUGGCCAGGAAAGUAUGGCCAGCACACUAUAGCAGACUGAUCGACGGGGACAGACAAGUGUAUUCAACACUGCUCUAUCUGUUCUUGUCAUUUUGCAAUAUAACUUCUGUUUGUCUCCCUUUUCUACCAGGAAGAUUAAAAGUAUUCUAGUUUAA